AGCAAGCCGAACAAAAGAGAAAAAAGCCCAACAGAAGUAAAGAAGAGAUGGUUGUCAAAGUCGUUGCCCUUUGCGGUUCUCUCCGUAAAGGCUCUUACCACCUUGGCCUUGUCCGAGCUGCACAGCAAAUAUGCCAGGAUUCCCUCACAGGAAUGGAGAUUGAGCUUGUUGACAUUUCAGACCUCCCUUUGCUCAAUACUGACCUUGAAGUCGAUGGGAUUUGCCCCCCAGUGGUUGAGGCUUUCCGUCAGAAAAUUGCUGCCGCCGACAGCAUUCUCUUUGCCUCGCCGGAGUACAACUACUCUAUUACCCCUGCUCUGAAGAAUGCAGUUGACUGGGGAUCUAGACCUCCCAAUGUUUGGGGUGGGAAGGUAGCUACCAUUGUAAGUGCAGGAGGAGGUUUUGGUGGUGGAAGAUCACAUUACCAUUUGCGCCAAGUUGGUGUUUAUGUUGAUAUUCACUUCAUUAACAAACCAGAGUUUUUCGUGCCUGCAUUCAACCCUCCACCAAAGUUCGACGACGAAGGAAACUUGAUUGACCCAAUGUCCAAGGAGAUCCUACAACAGAUUCUUGUCUCAUUGCAGGAAUUUACUUUGAAGCUUAAUGGCAACGCUCAGUAAUCUUUGCAACUCUAAAUCUUGACGAGUUCUGAUACCCCUUGCAUCCUUUCUUCAAUGGCACCAUAGAUGGUACCUAUUCACAAAUGGUUGUUUCUUUGAAAUUUCUGUUGGCAGCAAGCAGUCCAUUUCUAUCUGGUCUGCAAUGGUUUUGGUUGUAAUAA